GGACCAUGAUCCCCAGGGAGCUGCCAGGUCUGACAGCUCGUGGUGCCCUCAGAGCUCAUUGCCUGUUCUCAGGGGCAUAAAGAUGUUCCCAUCUCUGGGGCUCCUAUUUGCUGCCCUCUCCUUAGCAAGAUGCAUCCCCCUGCAGCAGGAGUCCGGCCGCACCAAACUGCUCCUGGUGUCCUUUGAUGGCUUUCGCUGGAACUACGACCAGGACGUGGACACCCCCAACCUCGAUGCCAUGGCUGCAGAAGGGGUGAAGGCCAAAUAUAUGACUCCUGCCUUUGUCACCCUCACCAGCCCAUGCCACUUCACACUGCUGACCGGGCGAUACCUGGAGAACCACGGGGUGAUCCACAACAUGUGGUUCAACACCACCUCAGGUGUGAAGCUGCCCUACUACACCACACAAGGCAUAAACAGCUGGUGGGACAACGGCAGCCUGCCCAUCUGGAUCACUGCCCAGAGACAGGGUUUAAAGACAGGUUCUGUCUACUUCCCUGGAGCAAGAGUAAAAUACCAAGGGGAGGAAGUGAACAAGAAAUUGGUGGAGCCUGCGAUAUUCGACUACGGUAACGAAAUCAAUUGGAAGGAGAACAUCGACACCGUCAUGCAAUGGUUCACAGUGGACAACCUUGACUUUAUUGCACUCUACUUUGGAGAGCCAGACUCCACAGGACACAAGUUCGGCCCUGAUUCCGUGCAGAGGAAAAACAUAAUCAAGCAGGUAGACAGAACUGUCGGUUACUUGAGGCAGCGUAUCCAGGAAAGUGGGCUGGAAUCAAACCUCAACCUCAUCAUCACAUCUGACCACGGCAUGGAGACUGUCAUAAAGACCAAUGAGAUUCUCCUUCGGACCAUAAAUAACUUCACAUUCAAAGACAUCGACUUUGAACUCUUAGAUUAUGGACCAAAUGGACUCCUGGUGCCAAAGGAUGGGAAAUUAGAGCAUGUAUACUCAGUCCUGAAAAAUGCCCACCCAAGACUGCAUGUGUACAAAAAAGAAGACUUUCCAAAGAGAUUCCACUACGCCAACCACUCCCGGAUCACCCCACUCGUGUUGUACAGCGAUCCAGGAUACGUGAUCCAUGGGAGGAUCAAGGUCCAGUUCAAUAAAGGGGAACACGGUUUCGACAACGAGGCCCCGAACAUGAGAACCAUCUUCCGCGCUGUGGGACCAGCCUUCAAGAAGGGGCUGGUGGUGGAGCCCUUUGAAAGUGUCAACGUCUAUGCCCUCCUCUGUGAGCUGCUGGGCAUCACCCCCGAGCCCCACGAUGGGUCCCUGGAGGUCACCAAGCCCAUGUUGCGUGAGUCA